GACGAAAACGGGAUUUCGCUAAUAAUUCAACAUCAGCAGCGGUAAACAUAAACAAAUGAAUUUAUUUUGUUGUUCGGGUGUUCUCAGAGGUUGUCAGUCAUCAACCAAAGUGCGAGGUUCAUUAAUUAGUGAGUAUGGCAUCAGAUACAGGGAUGACUAACAGCAAUCCACCACCUCUGGUACAGAUUGCAGUAUCUGGACUCAUGGACACACACCCAGUGGAUCAUCUAGAUUCAUCCUCCGACCAUGAUGAUAACUGUGAUGAGCCAGCUUUGAAGCACCGACGUGUAGACGUUGACUUUGAUGUUAAUUCUGGUACCUCAGUUAAGCAAAUUCUUUUCAAUAUCAACAAAGCCAUAUGCAUGAGACUAGACUGUAUAGAGAAUUACUUGACCACACUGAAUACUCGUACUCGAGAAAUAGAAGAUAAAGUUGACCAGCUGAUGUCUAUGACAAAGCAGAGUGGUAACGGUCAGCAACAAUCCGGUGCCAUUAAAAAGGGGGCAAUAGUUGUUGGUCUGCCACAGCAUAAUGGGAAAGUUGGUGGUGAUGGCUCAGAGGGAAUUGAGACAAAUGCAUCUCUCAACUCGGUGGAUAGUAUAGCAAGUUUGGGACCAAAUGUUACCCUGAUAACAUUAAACAGUGAAGAGGAUUUUCCAAAUGGAACCUGGCUGGGUGAUGAGAGCAAUGUAGAAAUGAGAGUUAGAUGUGCAGUAACACCCAGUGACUUACUACAUAUACAUUCCAACUGCCGUACACCAGAGAAGAUGGCACUGACAUUACUAGACUACCUGUUUGACAGGGAGACACAAGCUGUAUCUAAUCUAUCUGGACUGGGAAAACAUGGCAAAAAACAACUAGAUCCUUUAAUGAUUUAUGGAAUUAGAUGUCACCUUAUUCACAGAUUUCAGAUUACAGAAAAUGAUUGGCACCGAAUAAAGCAGAAUAUUGACUCAAAAUGUCGCACAGCUUUUCGGCGCCGACAACGUGGUAUGCCGCUAACAGUGAAAGCAUUCCGCGGAAAGGCACUUUCUGGUUACAAUCUGAUGCCAGGGGAGAUGAUGAGUGAUGAUGAUUCAAUCAGUCACGAGGAUUCUUUACAUAUACAUCAAGGCAAUAACCAUGACGUAUAUCUACAAGGUGAUUUAGAUAGUCAGCAUGGUGUGUCUAUGCAAGGAGAUGGUUUACAAGGAGAGGUACAGAUACUUCACGCUACACCUGAACAGAUCUCACAGUUACAGCAUGCUCAACAUAUACAGAUCUUACAAGGAGAUCAAGUCAUACAAGUCCCCGUGCCUCAUAAUAUACAGCAGUUGAAUGCCUCAGAUCUUCCUGAAGGUCUGCAGGUGGCUGUAUCAGCAGUGUCUUUACCACAGAUGUCCGACACCUCCCCGCAAUAUGCCGAACUGAAGUCCGAUAAUUCAUCGUCACAUGACCAGAACCAAUGACAAUUAGCCUUGUCAGACUGUUUAGAUGAUUCUUCACCUCAAGUUUGACGUUAUUCAACCAAAAAUAAUAAUGACAAUUUUGAUAACCUUUUAUAUUGCAUCAUUUGAAAGGGGACUUUUUACUCCUUGUAUUAUAAUGGUAUGAUGCUUAUUACAUCAGGUGAAAUAAGCACCAGCUGUUUGCAAUGAACUAAUCGUGAUUGUCUGUUUUAUAAAAGGUAUACAGUUGAAACUCUCGAAUUCCAUUGGCCAAAGCAUUUUACUAAGGGAUAACUGAAAUUCAACUUCAAAUGAUAUUUUGUGCGCAUAUUUUUGGGAUGGAACUUGAAAAUGUCUUCGCAAUAGCCAGAAUUUUGAAAUAAGUGAGUUUGAGAGUUCGAGUUUCAACUGUAUUUUAAUAUCCCUUUAUUGUUGUCCUUGCUUGGUCGUGUCAUAAGUUUUAUGUCCUUGGAACUCACAUAAUUAUGUUUUCUGUGUUUAUUUGACCACAAAACAUGACAGCUGAAUGUAUGAAAUGUUUACAGAAUUUUUGUGCAGAAAUUCUUUCAGAGAACAAAGUACUGGUGAUAUUUUAGCUCACCUGAGCACAUAGUGCUCAAAUUGAACUGUUGUAAUUGUCCUGUGUACAUUGUGUAUCAUCAACAAUUGAACUGUUGACAAUAUUGGACCAGUCUUAAUGAAACUUCUUCGGGUCAUAUGUGGUCAAAAAUCAAGGUCACCAGGUCAUAUUACCGGUAUAGAAAAUCCUUACAAACAAUCUAGAGGCCACACUUUCAACUUUAUUUACAUAAUCAGAAUGUAUGCUUUGAUGAAAUCUAUGUCAAAUCCUAGAAAAUACUUUUUAACACGCUAGAGGCUGUUUUUCAUGAAAUCUGGUCAGAAUAUAGCUGUAUUUCUCUUUUAAUGUAUUUGCUCGGAAACAAUUUGUUGAAAUGAUUUCGUUCUAUCGUAAUUAACCCUUAUCAUGCUGGACACGAUUGAUUCAGCCUUUGCGACCAGUGUAGAUCAUGAUCAGCCUGUCCAUCUGUGCAGUCUGAUCAAGAUUUGCACUGUUCACUAUUCAGUCAGUAUCUUUUUGGUAAGCACCCCUUUUAACAGUUAAUAGUACUGUCCGAAUUGGAAGAUGGGCAAGUUCAUUAUAGAAAUUUAGCAGGGUAAGGUAAUGUACCUAUGAUGACAGUUUGUAUUUUCAGUGUGAUUAUAUAUUCUCAUUUGUCAUUUCAGUAGUCUUUGUUUGGAACGGAAAGCCAUGUGUUUGUGUGGGUGGUAUUAAAGAAAUAAUAUAUCCAAAACAGUGAUUUGUUGUGUAGAAUGAAGUCAUUGUUUUGAAUUCAGAUGCAAAGGAAUUACACCUAGGCGGCAAAGUCAGCAGUCCAAGUGAUUAAUUAUACACAUUUGAACAACAAUGAUUUUUUUUUCGAGAGCAAAUCACUGUUUGAGAUAUAUUUUUCGAUUCCAACACGUUAUGGAGAAUUAUUGACACUAUGACAAUGGUUGUGACAUACACAGUAAAUUGUUGCAUAAUAACAUACAAUCUUCAGUCUUCUUAGUUUAAUCUAGAAACAAGGCUGGUCAUGUUAGAAUAGUAGCUAGAAAAUGCCAAAUUAGCAUACUAGAAUGUGUGCCAAAAAAACAAAAACAACAGACCAAAUGUGUAUCCACACAGAAAUUGCUGAAUAAGCAUACCAGAGUUUGUAUUCACACAGAAAUUGCCAAAUUAGCGUACCAGAACAUGAUAUCCCAGGAAUUUUCAGAUAAUAGCGUAACCAGAAUGUGUAUUCUCUAGAAAUUGCACAUUGUCAUUACAGGUGACUUCAUUACCUUAGUGUCAGCAGAAUAAAAAAUCUUGUAACUUUAUUGAGCCAUGCCACGAGAAAACCAGCAUAGUGGCUUUGCGACUAGCAUGGAUCCAGACCAGCCUGCGCGUCUGCGCAGUCUGGUCAGGAUCCAUGCUAUUCGCUAACGGUUUCUCUAAUUGCAGUAGGCUAUGAAAGCGAACAGCAUGGCUCCAUGCUGGUCACAAAGCCACUAUGUUGGUUUUCUCGUGGCACGGCUCAUGUAUUAUAGUUAGCAUCUUUUUUGAAAGGCAUCCUGAAAGUCACUUGUCAAUAUGUGAAAAUGAUGAAUUGAGUGACAUUAUUUCCAACUCGUUCCCUUGUGUUCUUUUUGUUAAGCAUUUUAAAAAUGCAUGUCGUGUUAAAAUAAUUACCAUGAAUGUACUGAAAUUAUCUCACUGUACUUUACAAAGUCAGUUAAAUGUAUAUAUAUUUGUUGCAUGCUAGACGGUUUACACACUUAAGAGAUAAAGGGUAUAUACAUGUAAAUCGUCAUGUCAGUGCAGUAACUCAAUAAGUGUAUAUAUAUUAUAUAAGCACUUAUUGAGUUAUUGCGCUGACAUGACGAAAUGAUUAAAAGCAUUACUUUCUCUUUAGUUCAAGAAUCUGACUAUAAAUGUAUUGAAAAAUUGACGAGUCUGCAAAUUAUAUACCCCUAAGCUUCGAUGGUUAGAACCUCAUUCCUAGUGUGAAAUUCUUUUAUCUGAGGGCCUGUCAGAAGAGUGGUGGGUGGGAGUGUCUUCCUUCACCAUUUAUGCUGAAAAGUUGCCAUAUAACCUUACAACCAAUUAAAACGGAAGUAUAGUUAGAUGGAAGGUAACAUUAUAAUAAUAAUACUUUGUUACAGAAAGUAAGUGUUAAUCGUUUAUGUAUUACCCUUGUUAAUUUACCUGUUAUUUAUUUUUUGUUGAUGUAAAAUAUGAUUUUGUUUGAAAGCUGAACAGUCGUGUUGGAAAAAGUUGUUGCUUGCUGGAAAAUGCUUAUGUUAUCUUGCUUUAAUGAAAUAAUUAUGUUAUCUUGUUUUGUAUGAGAAAGUUACCUCCUAGCCCUUAUGAUCCUUUCUCGUAGUAAGGCAAAAAAAAUAGUGUGUGUAGGACAACAGUUCAAAAAAGCGCUAAGUAAUAAGUGGGUAGGAAUACAUUUUCUUUUUGUCCAGUCAAAAGGGCAAAAAUAUGGUUGUUCAAGUGGACAGUAAAGUUAAUAUACUAGUAUAUCAAAUUGCUGACACAUUGCAGGGUCAAGGGGCCAUUUUGAAUAAAUUGUAAAGAAAAAGAUUAGAAGUUUCUGUCCCUGUUUUUAAACAGCUUGUUUAUGAAAAUAAUCUGAACCACUGCCUUACCCUUGCAUGAUUGUGAGAGGCGACUAAUGAAGUGUGAGAACUUGGUUUUUCUUAUCAUGGUGACUCCAGCUGGUAUUUAACCCUUAGCCUGCUGCAGGCGAAUUUAACAGCCUUUGCAAACAGCUUGGAACCAGAUCAGACGCCGAUUAAAUCGGCGUCUGAUCAGGUUCCAAGCUGUUUGCUACUCUGACAAUAUUUCUUCCAGUUUUGGAGCAAAUUGAAUGAACUUUACAAUUUUAGCAGACGACAUUUCCAGCAGACGACAAUUUAUCUAGCAUGCUAAAGGUUAAGUAUUGAUUUUAUACCUCAUUUUUAUUUUUCGAGGUAAAUGAAAUUGGAAACCAUAUCUUUUAGUCUGUUUUGCGCAAAAUAACCUGCACUGUGUUGUUGUGCUGUAGAAUCGAAGUUAACAGGUCAAUUCUAGAGACAGUGGAAUAGCAGGACUGACUUGUAAUUGCUAGUUAGGGUUGGGUUGCUUGAAACACAUUUUUUAGGCCCAAGGUGUAACAUAAUAUCCCAUAUUAAGGAGAAAAUAUUGCCAUAUAUAAAGAAAUACUACAUAAUUAAGUGAUACUAAUUUAUGAAUGAAGUUAAAAAAAUUCAUGACAUAACGAGAAAACAUCUAGUAUUUACAAGAAAAUGUUAUUAGAUAACUUCUUGUAAUUAGGAGAUAAUUAAACUUUGUUUGGGAAAGAUUUUGUAUUAAAUUACUAAAUAAGGAAAUGUGGCAUUUUUCCUAAAUGAGUGUUCAGCUUUCAUAAUUAUGAAUUUUAUUAUGAACAAAUUAAAAAUGAAGAAAUAAAUA